GCUUCAACACCAGGACUCCUGGAUCGACUUUGCAACACCCGGUUGGGCACAGCGACAGUGCUCAAUUGAACGAAAUGCGACGCCUAACUCGGUUACGACAGCCGUCUUCCAUUAUAUCCACCUGCUCCUCCUCUUCCCGGUUCCCCGUGUCUGUCCCCGCUGCCGCGACAUGUUCCCAGAGGCGUGACCUGUCGUGCGCUGGCCGACAACCGCCAGUCUCUCACAGCACGAGCCUGUCGUCCAGGAUACCGUUGGCGACCCGUGCAUUCUCGACGGCCCCAGUCGUGCGUCAUAAGCACCAUGAAGACACCGAUCUCGAGGCGUUCGAGGCCGAUCCCGAGCGAAUCGAGAUUCACACAGACCUCAACAUUCCAAGCGAAAUCAGGAAGGUCCCCUUGCCCGAGGAAAUUACGGAGCCGGGCUAUACACCUGCCGAAACCUUGGAAGGCUUGGAGUGGGUCGGCGGAGUGAGUAAUUGGUGGGAAGACGAGCGGAACUGGCCGGCGUCGAAGAACUACGUCGGGUUCGGACGCAGCGACAAGGUUGUCGACCCGGCAGCUCUCGAGGUGCUGACGAGGAGGGCGGUCGUCGAGGCAUUGGCUGUGAGGAAAGGAGCAGGGGAUGAGGCGUUGAGUGCGUCCUGGCAGGCUGGCGGACAUGACCAACUGGUCGCUGCUCUCGGUGUUGGAGUGGAAGUCUCUGUUGAUGGAUCGGCUGAGCUGACAGGGGAUUUUAUGGGCGUGGUCGAGGGCCUUACCGCCAGAGCUGAAGAGCAGGACGUGGGUGGCGCCGACUGGUCCCUUGCUCCUGAGGAGGCUCGCGAAUUCUUGAAAUCGUGGGAUCGAAGCUGGAAGCAGAUUUCACUCCAAGAUCUGCGCUUGAAGUUUGCCGUAACGAAACGCAUCCAGCAACUCACAGGACAUGUCAUUCCGGACAGUAAGCUGAUCCAUAUCCGGACGGUUUCGUCGCUCAUCGGAGCCCUCAUCAAGCCACCCAAGCCAAAGAAGCUUGCUCAGCUGAUUGAGGCCAAGGGUGCCAUGGCGGAGUUGCGCAAUGUCAAGGUCUAUCCACGGAGGGUUACGCCCAUCGACAAGGAGAAGAUGGUGGGCCGCUGGAAGGUCAUGGUGCGCGAAUUAGAGAAGCGCAACUUGCCCGUCACUGGCACUGGUGGCUACGGGAAGAGCGUCGAGAAGAGAUGGGCCACCGGCAAGCCCUAGCCUGCCUAAGGCUAGGGGUUGGCAGGUUCGUGAGCUGUAGGGUUGUUAAGUUUGUUGGGAGCUGUAGCUGCUUCCAGCGGAUAGAUAUCUGUCUGUACUAUACUUUACACAUUGUACCACGUGUAUAUCAAUACGAGUUUGAGACGAUUAGAAGGCC